AUGUCUGCGAAACCAGAAGACAUCGACCUCGAACUCGGCGACGAACCAUACGACUCCGCCGAAGAUGAAGAUUUCGAACUAGACGCAGCGCAUGGCGAAGAAUCCGAAUUAUCCUCAGACUCUGAACCCGAACCUGAUGUAGCUCAACAGCCAGCGAAUAAGAAACGCAAGACAGCGCCGAAGGGGAAGAGAGCGACGGCGGCGGAGCAUGGGCAUAAGGAGGAGUUGGAUUCAGGCGACGAAGCGACCAUUCAAAAGGCCAAGGAUAGGAAGCAGAGGAAACAGAAGGGACAACAGGCUAAUGGAAAAGGUAGUGACGAGGAUGAGGAUGAGGAGGAGGAUGUUGAUUUCGAUGAUGAUGAGGAGGGCGGUACUGGGGGGUUUGUCCGUACAAGGGCCAUGAAGAUGCGGACACAAGAAGAACGAAAACCACUUGCGAAGAUUGACGGCGCGACGGUUGACGUGAACGCACUAUGGGAGAAAAUGAACGCCACCGAUUCCGGUACCGUCGCGCUUCCCACACAUACCGAGAAGAUUGACGAUACCCCAGUGCAGGAAGAGAAGAAAGAUGAAGCUCCCAAGAAAACGCCUGCAGAAACAAAAGAACCACAGCAACCACCCAAGUACCCAGAAGAAAUGGUCAAAAUCAAGCGCACCUACAAAUUCGCUGGCGAAAUGAUCACAGAAGAGAAAAUUGUUCCCAAAGACUCUGCCGAAGCAAAGAUCUUCCUCGCCCAAGGCGAGAACGUUGACGCCGUAACCACAGCCGACGUCGAAGCUGCCGCUAACGCCAAAGCCGCCCUCAAGCUCCGCCGACCGCUCCGCAAGGUUUCGCGAUUCGAUCCCAACCCGACCGGUGCUAUCAAGAAGAGCUGGGAGAAGCACCCGGUUGCAGAUGUGACAGACGUACGGGGCCCGAAGAUCAAUACGGUUGAGAAGUCGAGAUUGGAUUGGGCUGCGUAUGUGGACCAGGCUGGAAUCAAAGACGAACUUACGGUGCAUAGCAAAGCGAAGGAGGGAUACCUUGGUCGGAUGGACUUUUUGGAUCGUGUGGAUGCCAAGAAGGAAGAGGAGAGAAGGAACGUGAGGUUGAGGGGGCUAUAG